UGAAGUACUCAUAAUUUUUAUUUUACUCUGUUUCAGCAUCAUUACACCGAUAAAAUCGAAGCGAGCCAGACGGGUGGCAGGACAGCCUAUGUAGACUAAAGAAUUUACUGAAGGUCACGUAACCUGAGGCCAAGCUGGAUCUCGUGACUCCCAGUCUGGUGCUUUAAUCACGGACCGCUCCUGCUUUACAUGCUGACUUCACCGCUUCACUGAAAAUGUCUGGCAAAACAGCUGGCACGACCAACAACAUAGCUCAGGCCCGAAGGACUGUCCAGCAGUUAAGAAUAGAAGCCUCAAUAGAAAGAAUUAAGGUGUCAAAAGCAUCAGCAGACCUAAUGCUCUACUGUGAAGAGCACGCCAAGAAAGAUCCGUUGCUAAUGGGCAUACCCGCUUCUGAGAACCCUUUCAAGGACAAGAAGACCUGCAUUCUGUUGUAGGAGAGCAGCAGCUCCUCCACAGCCCUCCCGGGCAAAGCCAGCCACCGGCGGGCACGUAGGCAAAUACUCGUAAGGUACCCGCUAGUAGCUGCGCCAGAGCGGCCGUUCCGUCACCGAGCGUAUAAACGAUUUCUUAAGCUUUCUCAAGCACUUAUUCUGUUCCCUAUCUUUAUUAGGAAGCGAGGUUUUCAAACUGAAUUAACUUCUUUCUUGCCCAGGGGAAUGGGGUCUUCGUCCAGCCCGCGGGCGCUGCGCCGGCGUCGCCGCGGUGGGACGGGCAGGGCGAGCCGGGGCUCUCAUCCUCCGCCGGAGCGUGGCCCCGAUUUUGCUUUUCAACUUACACAAACAAGACCAAAGUUGCCUGAGCUUCGCUGACAGAGCAGAGGCAAAGGUGUAGAAACCUGAUCAAACAUCACUGGGUUUACAUUUUUUUUUUUUUUAAUUACGUGUUGAGGGGGGGUGUACCUGUGUUGGUAGCGUGUGUUUAUGCACAGACACAUUUAGAAGUGCAUUAUCUACCAAAAGCUACCUUGAAAAAAAUGAUUGUAGCAACUGCUGGUGAGCUCCAGGGAGCCGUGCCUGCAGCCUUCCUUGUGCUGGCUUCUCCUGCCAGGGCUAGUUUUAAGUUUAAAACCUGAAGCGUUAAGAAUCAGAGAUCUGCAGACUGAUCUUCCUGCUUUUUAAGAUUUGAAAGAGCUGAGUUUUCAGCUUUGAUUCUGCUCCUCUACGUUUUCUUCCUUAAUUAAAAAUCUGUGUUAGUCUAAAAAAAGAAUCGAAAGCUGCAAGCUAGUACUGCCCUGGCUUUGUGUGGAGCUGGAGGCAUGGUUCUGUCCCUCGAGGUCCCAGUUCUGUUUUGUGCAGGGAGUCAGAAUUGGGCUCUUUUUAAAAUUAAUUUUUAAAGGGGAAAAAUGCCAAAUUAUAUCCAGAUUGUGGUUAUGCAGAUAUUAAUUGGAGGGCCUUUCCAUCAAGUAAGUGAUUUUAUAUAUACAUAAUAAAAAAAAGUCUUUCUCUGUGUGUGUGUGUGUGGGUAUGUGUAUAUAUAUAUAAAAACUUUAAUAGUAUAUUUAUACAAACAUUGCAUAUUAACAGAAAACUUUGACGAGAUGGACGAUAGUACUGACUUCAGCUGGCAGCACAUGCCUUUCCCUGUAGCUGGUGGUUCAGAGGUUGAAGUUGCCAUCUGCCAGAACCGUGCAUUUCUGCAAUGGUAUUUACAGAAUUAAUUAACCGCUUGUAAUUUACUGUCUUACAUUGCAUAUUUGCCAUUUCUAUAUUAAACGAGACGCACACUA